AUGCUCCCCCGCAUACCAACCUGCUCCCGUCUGUCUCCUCGUGCCGCAUUCACUACCAUCCGUAGUCUACGCCAACCAGCCCAUGACCUCGACGAUCUUCCUCCUUCGGAAAAUGACUUCAUUGUCUCGAUCUUAAGGGCUAACCCUUCCCUUCGAGAUACACGCUCCUACUUGGCAUCCUUUGGACCACGACCAAAACCACCUGCCGCGCCUGUGCGCCUCACGCCUGCUGCUGAUGGCCUCGCUACCAAGCCAUCGAUUCCUGUCGUUUUGGAAGAUGCAAAACCCAGUCCGGUUGUGUCUUCUAUCCUUGAUCCCGUCAUAAAGAGGACCGCUCUGGUCAAGAUGCAGGGUCCCUUCACGGACGUUCAACUGGAAAGCAUUUCACGUGGACUGGUCUAUCUCGAAAAGCUUGGGCUAGUCAGUGUCAUCGUUGUCGAAAGCGAUGCUGUUCCCAGAGGAGACCACGAUGAACGUGCUUUUCUCAUCGAGGAGACCAUGCGUAUUGUGACUACUCUCGAAAAACAAGGAGCCCGGGCUCGCCCGGUACUCGGCUCUGUUGUCCGACUCGGGCCACAACCUGAAGAAGAUGAUAAUGUUGUCGAUCCACCAGAGGCUCAUACCGCUCCAUCCGACUUUAUUCCCAUUCGAUCAGCGCUUCGCUCUGGAGAAAUACCCGUCAUUCCUCCAUUCGCGCUAGAUUCCUUUUGCCGCUCUGUCCGUGUAGACGCCGAUGAUGUUCUUGGGGCACUGGCGCGCGGAAUGACCCAAGCCGGCUCGACUUCAGACGAUGUUGAUCUCACGCCCAUGCGACUAAUGAUCAUAAACCGCGAAGGGGGUGUCCCCUCUUACGCACGUUCAGGCUACCCCCAUCUGCUCAUCAAUCUUACUUCGGAGUACUCCCACAUCCAUGAAACAUUUCACCAUCCAUGGCGCCAUUCUAACCCAACUGCACUCUCGAAUCUUGCUUUAGCGCGCACCUGUCUGAGCUAUAUGCCGCCGACAUCCUCUGCGAUCAUGGUUUCUCACCGUUCGCCGAGCUCUCUCAUUGCAAACCUAAUCACCAACAAGCCAGCGCUUAGUUCCAGCCUUCCUCAUGCACUUCUGCAAGGAAAUCGCCGGUUAACGCCCCAUACGCCAACUUUGUUGCGACGCGGUCUGCCGAUCCGUGUCAUCCGCUCUCUGAGCGACAUAGAUCGUCCAAAACUAAACGCCCUACUCGAGCAAUCGUUUGGACGAACGCUCGACGAGCCUGCUUUCUAUCAGCGGCUGGAAACAGCUCUCGACUUUGUCAUUGUCGCGGGAGAUUACGUCGGUGCAGCGAUCGUCACUAAUGAGCCCUCUCACAGUUCUGCUCCCGCAAUUUCAUACCUCGACAAGUUUGCAGUGUUACCAAGCCACCAAGGCGACGGUACAGUCGACUUUCUUUGGGUCGCCUUACAUGACGAGUCGUAUGGCCUUGGCCAUCCCUUUUCUGCCAAUCCGAACGGUGGGAAAGGUGGUGUGGGAGAAGGUCACGAUCUCGUCUGGCGGAGCCGCACAGACAAUCCUGUCAACAAGUGGUAUUUCGAACGCAGUUCUGGUCAUGUGAGACUGGGGCCGUGGGUCUUAUUCUGGUGCGAUGCGGAGAAACGUCUCAAAGUAGAGCAAGCGAAACGGGCCAAUGCUGGUGUCUCGUUUGUCGAAGACUGGGAGGAAGGCCGUCUUGAGAUGUGGAGUGAUGUGGUGGAGAAAAUUCCGUCCAGCUGGAAGAAGUGA